GUGGUACCCAUAGCGUGUUGUCCGCAAACGAAGAGUAAGAGUUAGUGAAACAGUGGUACUAAAGUGUUGUGCUAAUUGUAGUGAGUUUAACUUUCGUGGCAGUUCAUAAAGGGUGAAAGUCAGAGGGAAUAAGAUUUUACACCAGAGGUAGAAUAUGCCUCGUUAUGCUCAGUUAAUUAUGGGCCCUGCUGGAAGCGGCAAGAGUACCUACUGCUCCACCAUGGUUCAACAUGCAGAGACUUUAAACCGCUCAGUUCAGGUGGUCAACCUGGACCCAGCUGCUGAAUACUUUGAUUAUCCUGUCAUGGCAGAUAUCCGGGAACUCAUUCAGGUGGAUGAUGUGAUGGAGGAUGACUCUUUGAGAUUCGGCCCUAACGGAGGCCUGGUCUUCUGUAUGGAGUACUUCGCCAACAACUUUGACUGGCUGGAGGAAAGCCUGGGCCAUGUAGAGGAUGACUACAUAUUAUUUGAUUGCCCUGGUCAGAUUGAACUUUACACUCACCUCCCUGUGAUGAGGCAGCUGGUGGAGCAGCUACAGCAGUGGGAGUUCCGGGUUUGCGGGGUCUUUUUGGUCGACUCUCAGUUUAUGGUCGAGUCUUUUAAGUUCAUCUCUGGGGUCAUGGCUGCCCUCAGUGCCAUGGUGUCGUUAGAAAUUCCUCAAGUAAACAUCAUGACUAAAAUGGACCUGCUUAGUCCAAAAGCUAAGAAAGAAAUCGAAAAGUACUUGGACCCAGACAUGUACUCCAUGAUGGAGGACAAUUCUGAGACUUUCAGGAGCAAAAAGUUCAAAAAGCUCACUAAAGCAAUAUGUGGUUUGAUAGAUGACUACAGCAUGGUGAGAUUCCUGCCUUUCGACCGUACAGAUGAGGAGGGGAUUAAUAUAGUUUUGCAGCACAUUGACUUUUCCAUACAGUAUGGUGAGGACCUGGAGGUUAAGGAACAUAAGGAGGUUGAUGAAGAGCAAUCCAACUUAAAUUACGAUGAGAUAUUUCAAGACAAAGUCAGCAGCUGAGGAUUGACUGGACUGGAGUGGG